AACAGAGUUGCAGCAGUUUACUGUGACAGCAUAGGGGGUUAUUUACAUGUUUCAUUUUCACUUUAACCCAAACGCUUUAAAGGUUGCGGCAGCUUGGAGUCGUCGGGAAGACGUUUAUUCGCUGUAUCGUAUCGCAAGUUAAAGCGCGUGGCAUGUUAGUGACGUAAAGUUUAUGUAAGCCGAAAAUGCAGAUCGCGAAAAAAUACUUGACAGAAGGCCUGAUUCAGUUGACUAUCCUGCUCAGCUUGGUCGGAGUUCGGGUAGACAUCGACAGCUACCUAACCGGCUACUAUCCGCCUCUGGCAGAGAUCAACUUGGGUCCGAGCUCAGCCUACACCCAGACACCCUUCCACGUUUUAAGGGAAACGCUCGACGGCUACGGGGUCCACCCGAAAUGCCCCGAGCUGGACUACUUCUUCGCCAGCCGUCGGCUGCUGGAUGAGGUGAGGACGCUCGGCUCGCCGCGGUUCCACACGCAGCUGAACGCGUGGCUGGUGCACCAGGUCUCGUCCGCGGGGCCCUCGACCACCAGCAGCGACCACGACACCAGCGCCGGGCCGGAAAGCACCGAGGAUGAAGCCGGAGGUGCAGGCGAGCACCUGCCCGUCAGAGGCCAAGAGGUGCACCGCCAGCCCAACUCUGAGCUGGGACAGGGGCCUUGUGGCGCUGGAGCCUUCCUGAGUGAGGAGGAAGCUCAGAUUAAAGAAGAGGAGGAAGCCGUUCCACUCGCUCAGCUGGCCCACAGUUCAACACUAGAACAGGAGAGUCUGCUUGAAGGCAUCGGCACGCUGUCGGAGCCGGUGCUUCACCACGUUGCUCCCGCUACUGAUAUCGACUGGAACAAUUUGCUCUCCGUUCCUGAUCUAGACGACUUGGACUCUCUUGUUGCCGGUCGCCUCUCGGAGCUCGACUCCGACAUCAACGGCGCCAUCAGCCAGGAUGUCAGCUUGCAUGACGCCAUGGUAACCGGCGGCGGGGCGUUCGGCCCGGCGUCCGGGACGGCGGCGUCCGGGACGGUGGGCCAGCAGCGGAGGACCCUCCUGCGGCUGGAAUCCACAAACUCCUCGCUUUCAGACCACCUGCCGGGGAUGGCGGUGGGCCUGGCAGCGCUCCCCUUCGCCUCGGUGUGCAAUCUGACUGGAAACAUGACGUCGCAGAGCGGGCUGGAUGGCUGUCUGGACGAGGCCGUGUUCGACCAAAUCAAUCAGCUGGGUUUGGAGAGCCUGGACGCCAUUGACGAUCAUCUGAACUACCUGGACUGCUUAGACUCUCAGGCCUUUGAGGACUUGGACUCGGAUUCGGGACUCUCCCUGGAAAGCAGCUAUGGGUGUCCAGUGUCUCCAGGUUCAUCGGAGAUGUCCUCAUCGUCCAGCUCGUACUACGAAGAAGAGGGCGGAGCCACAGGCUACAGCAGCGAGGUGGACUCCAAGCCCCCUAAAAGCAUAAUAGACCACAGCACAACGUGGCAACCUGUAGAUCUGAGCGAGAGCGUGUGGCACGAUCACAGCUACACGUCUCCUCCCGUGCUCAGCAAGCCGUUUCUGAGGCUGCCCUGCAAAACCGAGGAGCCGGAGGAGGACGGCGGCGCCCAGCUGGACGACCGGGAGCUGAGCCGCGACGAGAUGCGCGCCCGUGCCAUGUGCAUCCCCUUCUCUGUGCUGCAGAUCGUCAACAUGCCCGUGGAGGAGUUCAUGGAGGUCCUGGACAGCCACAGCUUCUCCCCGGAGCAGGUGACUCUCCUGAGGGACAUCCGCAGGCGCGGCAAGAACAAGCUGGCGGCGCAGAACUGCCGCAAGCGCAAGCUGGACGCCAUCACGGGGCUCCAGGAGGAGGUGGAGAGGCUGCACGCCCAGAGGGAGAGACUGCUGCGGGAGAAGCGGCUCACGGCCAAGACGAUGGGCGCCGUGGCGCACCAGUUCAAGCAGCUGAGCCGGGACGUGCUGUCCCGGCUGAGGGACGCGUCGGGGCGGCCCCUGAACCCCGACAGGUUCUCCCUGCAGUGCGGGGCCAACGGGAGGGUGGUGGUGCAGCCCGUCAGACAGCCGUCUGUCUCCACGUCGGCUGGCAAAAAAACAGACAAGAGAAAGAAGGAAAAGAAGCAGUGAUGCUCUCUGGGACUUUAGUUGUUGUUUUUUUUGGAUAUUGCUGAACUUUACUUACCCUGGCUUUGUGGUUUUACUUUUAUAAACGUUGUCUCGGGAGCCCUCAUUUUUUCAGAAGCUGCAAAAACAAAAGAGACUUGGAACAUAAUUUAAUUUUUUUUUUUUUAAAUCUGUACAUAUAGAGAAAAAAAAAGUAGCUUACACACUGGACAUUGCUUUGCUUAUUAAAGAUGGGCAAGGCACACAGGGUUUAAGGGAACAGUUUAGCUGCUGGAAGCGCUAUCAGUCUUUCUUUGUGCCUGUUAAGAUAUGAACGUUUAUUGCUGAGUAUGACAGUUACUGGUUGUUCUGUUUGUUUGCCCUGUACUUUACCCUCCUACUUCUAAAUAGGCAAAUAUUGUAUUUAUAAAUGGCUUGAGGCUCUUGAAGUUCUUAUAUAUGCGUCGUGAGACUAUUUUUUUUUUAUUUUUAUUUUUUUUAUUAUUUUAUAACUUAAAAUGCAAUUGCUAAGAAAAAAAUAAAACUCCACCUAAUGUUUACAGUCAACAUUUCAAAGAUCAGAGGGUAAGAUAAGGUUAAGUCUUUGAAAUGAGGGAAAAAAAAAUAUUUUCUACAAUCGUCUUGAUGACAUAGAGCAGACCAAUGAUUAAAGAGGCCUUAAAGUGUGAUUUUUAUUAUUUUUUUUUGGUUAUUUUGGGAGAAAGCGAUCCUGGGAUGCAUGUUUUCGUGAAGCGUUUCGAAGGUUACCGGAACAAAUGGAAAAUCGACAUCGUUUGGACGUGAGCCCACCUCGACGUCACCAUUCAAGUUUUGGUAUAAAUAUAUAUUCUACCUCACGCUUCCGUUCUUUUUCGGCUAAAUUUUAAAUGCUCUUUCGGGACCUGAAAAAUCUGUAUCAAUGUUGCUAUGACGCCAACGCCAACUUCAGGUUGAAAUGUAAUUGACGUCUUUGCAUAGUUAUUAGCGGACGCACCUAUCAUAUUAUUAAGCUAAUAUUAUUAGCGGAUAUCACCUAUAGGUAUUGCGGAGGAGUUUUCCACCACCGGCUUUUGCUAUUUUGGACCUGCUGAUACUGAAUGUAGCUGCUUCAGAUCUCUCUUAAGAACUGUAGGAAUGGACGAUAUAAGAACAAAAAA